GUGAUUGAGAUCUCGAUGAAGUACGAGUCGGAUGAGUGCGAGACCGGAGCCGACAGUGAGAUCGCGUGCGGAAUGAGUUCACUGUUAACGCAGACAUCCAAUGAAAGUCAUGACAAUAGCUCUCAAAAUUAUAUAUUACACGUGAAGUCCGGUCAUCACAAACGACUGGCCGGCUUUCAAGCAGAGGUUGCCUACGGAACAGAAAAUAGUCUCAUAAUUAUAGAUACGAUUCAAAAGUGUGCUGUACUUAAUGUGUCGACCAGUAAUUUAUACGGUGCGGCCGAUCCCUACCAGAGGUCUAUGCGGACGAUGAAGAAGACGCCGCCAACAGGUGUGCCGCCAAACAGGGAUACCUUCGAUGGCAAUCAGAGCGAUGCCGAUCGAUGCAAGUCUCCCACCUCUGAUCAAUGUGAGGAAAGUCGAUCACCCGACAGAUCCGUACCCACUAGUCCGCUAAUAUCGACACAAGCUUUUGAUCUGCCAUUAUCUCCAAUACCUCCAGUGCCGCCCCCAAGGCAUAGGAAAAAGAAAGUAAACUCCGAAACCUCGUCCGUAAAGAGUGUCCAAACAGGCGAUGAGAGUGCGGCUGAAUAUGGAGUGUGCGGUGAAUCGGUUGAGAUCACUGCCGAUCUCACCAUAAACUAUACUAAAAUUGAAUCCAAGCCAACCGUUGACCAGGUCUUUGACCAGGUCUUUGGCCAAAUGCAAGUGAUUGGGCCAGUGAUUAGGCCGACUCACUUGAAUUUGCAAUUAAAAAGCAAAGAAAGUAAAUGCAAUGUUUUAGCCAAAGAUAGUCAGAGCACUCCAUCAGUCGAUAGCGACAAUCAAUCAAUUCAAAGCACUGUUGGCAGCGAUAUGUCGUCUCCCACUGAACCCAACUCUGAUUUGAGUGAGAAAUUCAAUCAAAUCAAAGCCAACACAAGAGUGGCGAACACUCAAAGACCGAUAGGAACUCACAAUUUGCAUAAAUGCAAGAAUAAAAUCAAAGUCAUAGACUUGAGACCAGAGGAUACUGACGAAUCACUGGUCUCUCGAAUAAUUAGUAAACAACAGCAACAGAUCGGCGGAAACGCAGCGAUUAAAAAGCAGAUAACGCCCGAAAUGAAACGAUCUCGAUCUCAAGAUAAAAUCGACAGUUCAUUCUCACGCUCCCGGAGCUCAAGCAUAUCCAGUCUGGAGAACAUCACCAUUGAAUCCGUUCUCUAUAUCGCGUUCGCUGAGACUUAUUGUACAAAAUCAGAUCAAUCGACGAGUCCUUGUCUUUGGGUGGGAACCAGUUUGGGCUCUAUAUUAGUGAUAUCAUUGACAUUGCCUGACAGCACAGAUAAUCGCAUACUAUGUUUACAAACAGUUAUCGCUUCCCCGAGCGAUCAAUCGACGAGUCCUUGUCUUUGGGUGGGAACCAGUUUGGGCUCUAUAUUAGUGAUAUCAUUGACAUUGCCUGACAGCACAGAUAAUCGCAUACUAUGUUUACAAACAGUUAACGCUUCCCCGAGCGGAAGUAUAUACCGAUUGAAGGGAUCAAUACUUUGUAUAUCGUUUCUGGACUUCACGGGAGCUCUGCUUCAACUGAAUGCCGAUAUGUGGAGAGACAACCCUAACAGGACGGGUGGCAACACUACUCCCAGCUCUACCUCUUCGGGCGCUGACGGCAACAAACGUGUCGGCUCUCUGACCAUCACGAGGACGGGCAGCGGCGGCGCCACCGGUGGGUCAGCCAAUCGUAUCAAUAAGAUAUCGCCGACGUCUUCCUCCACUGACAUGAGAGAUCCGCAGUUCGUUGUGAUGGUCUCCGAGAAACAGAUCCGUUUGGUUAAUCUUCCGACACAACAGUGCGCUUAUAAGGCGACGCUCACCGAAACAUCCUUUGCCGUCAGGGCUGACGUCGUCUACAUGAAGAGCACAGACAACAUAUGUUUGGCCGUAUAUUUAGGGACUGGGAAUAUAGUGGUGUACAGUCUUCCCAGUCUUCGGCUUUUGAUUGAUAUCGAUUUUCUAGCCCUAACUGAUGUCAGGAUUGCGCGCACAAUAUGUUUCAGUGCGAACGGACACGGGAUGUAUAUGUCUUCGCCGUCAACACUAACCAAAUUCACAAUCUUGUCGUCGUUUCGGGACCUAAUGGCUGAUAUGGUUGGGACGCUCUUCACAGCUGCCAAAGAACUUCCAGAACCGCCAAAACCCAGUUUUCUGAAGGGUCUGUUCGGCGGCGGAACCUAUUCUCUCGAUAGGGAGGAACUGUUUGGCGAAACGAAUGCCGGAAAGCCGUCAAAAACAACUGCACGUCAUAUUCCGGGCACUUCUGCCGGCAUCGAGCAAAUGAAGGCACAGUCGGGUACUAUGGCUGCAGAACUCGCCAGAGUUAGAGAGGGAUUGUCGGAAAGGGGAGAGAAAGUGAGUCAAUUGGAGGACAAGACAGCGCGGAUGCAAUCGGAGGCCGAGGCGUUUGGCAGCGCAGCCCAUAAUGUUAUGCUUAAGUAUAGGGACAAGAAGUGGUAUCAGUUCUGAUCGCUGAAGACAACACACAAUUGUCUGAUAUUAAUGUUCUUCCGACUCAUCCAACAAAACACAACUAACAAUACAAUACAACAAACCAAAUGAAAAAUGUUUUCUCAUUUGAAUAAAUCAAAUGCAAAAUAAAGACAUCGAUUAUCACUGAAAUGAGAAAUACGUUUGUUUUUAGAGAAGAGUUUUGCUCUGAAUUUAGUUAACAAUAUGUAUGCGCUUUGAGAGAAGAUAUUUAUUUUACACUAAAAAAAUCCAAAACAAAAUGAUAAGAAAUUUAUAAGCAAUUCAUUAAAUGAUCAAAACUUUUGUGAAAUAAUAAUAAAACAAUUCGAUCGUCAGUUUUCGAGAUAAUUAAAGGAGAAAUCUAUUACAACCCAAACCAUAGAUGAAGUGUUUUUUCAAAAUAUUUAAUUUUUUUGACAAUCGAUUUAUUAACGUUUGUAAUGAAAUGUUUGAUUAAUUAUAACUUAUAAAACAAUCACAAACCUUUGUUUUGUUGUGAAAAUACGGGCCCUCUCUCUAUACCCCAA